AACCAAAACUACCCCGCUAGCUUGAAAUGGCGAUAGUGUUGUCUAACGUUAGCCUCAGAACUGUGUUGACUUAACUUAGAUCUCCCAGCAGUUACUUAAACAUUAGAGCUACACAUUAGCAGUUUACUAAUUACUGUGAAUAUUGGUUCAUGUUUUAAAGGGGUUGCCUAAUCAAAUAACUAGCUACUGUAUCAGCUUCACUAUUAGACAAUAGUAUACACCGUUGUUGAUAUUAGCAUUAUGUUAGCAUUCAUGUUAAAUAAACUAUAUAACGUUAUCCUUCAAUGGGUGCAGCAGCUGUAGAAGCUAUUAUUUGACUACAGUCAAGACUGCUGUCUAAUUGGUUCCUUUAGCCUCCCGUUGUGUCCGUGUUCAAAGUCAGAAGGCACCAAGUUAUCAUAUGAUAGUGUCACGAGAACAUUUCCAGCUCUUAAUCUUGCCCACAGCUCAUCAGCUGCACCAAUAUUAUCUGAGGAGAUCAUUUAAGAGAUGUUCGUCUUGUGAUCUAGUAAAUGUAGGUUAAUGGGAUUUGCCAGCAGGUAUGCUGCAUGACGAGUUAAACCGGUCUGAAACAAUAACAACACAUGGAUCUCUCCUGUUGGCAUGUUGUCAUGGUGUCUUCCCUUUGUGACCUUUUUUCGGGGUGAACAAUUAGCAUGUGUGUUGCUGAACAAAGCAUUCCUCGCAGCAAAAUGAACGGGGCAGCAUUCCCUUCCCCCAUGGCAGAGAUGGCGGAGAUGAACCGUAUCCAGUAUGAGCUGGACUACACCGAAGGGAUCAGCCAGAGGAUGCGUAUCCCUGAGAUGCUCAAAGUGGCUCCUCACGGCCGCGAUGACCCUAAUCUUGGAUCUCAGGAGGUCCCCCACAGUGUCAUAAUGCAAGUCCCAGAGAGAAUCGUGAUGUUAGGAGACAGUAAUGACACCCAGUUCCCCAGACCCAGGGACCUGGACCUAAUCCAGUCAACACCACUAGAAAUACUAUCACUGAAGACUCCACCCAGAGUCCUCACCCUCAGUGAUCGGCCCCUGGACUUCCUGGAAGAGGAGCAGCAGGCGGCUCCAGACAGUGAGGAAGUGUUGCGGCCCCAAACACGAGUACGCCGGGAACGUUCAGCCAGUGAGAAUGCAGCUGCCCGUCAAAGCAGUCAGCUGAUGCGCAAUGAUUCUGCUGCGACCUUGUCUGUCCACCCUUGCCCCACUCUCACCGUGACUGAAGAAGAACACAGCCUGUACAGCGCUAGCGGUGUUUUAUCUUUCCUCCAGUCCACUACACGUCGGGCCUACCAGCAGGUCCUGGAGGUCUUGGACGAGAACCCUCGCAGCAAACCAUCCCUGCGAGGGGGGUCGGCCUCAAGCACCAACCCCCUGCAUGACUCCAGGCUUGCACUAUCAACAUAUGAAGCCACACUGGAUGCGGGGUCUGAUGACAUGACUGUGGUCGAUGCAACAACGCUUCGACGUCAGCUCAUCAAAUUGAACCGUAGACUGCAGCAUUUGGAAGAGGAGAACAAGGAGCGAGCGAAGCGAGAGAUGAUCCUGUACUCGGUCACUGUAGCCUUCUGGCUCGUCAACACCUGGGUGUGGUUGCGACGUUGAAAGCCGGCCUGUGUUUCUGCCGUCACCGUGACAGAAGAACGUACUCUCCCUUACUCUGUGUCAAAUGUUAGCUAACCGCUGCACUUAGUCCCUGUGGGAGGAAGACCGUGUAACUUGUGUACAAGGCCGGUUGACCACGGGGCUUAUGGUUUUGAUUUGGUUUAUUUAAUACAUGUAAAGUUUUAUUUUUUUACUCUUUACUUCAUCCUGUCUCACAUUUGUCAUUUUUUUUUGUUUUUAUUACAAACCUUCUUGCUCAACGCUAAGCAUGACUUGUUGUAAAUAUUUGUCUGUGUCACUCAGAGUUUUGAAUAGACGCCAUCCAGACAUAAAUUAAAGCAUAGUUUACCAAAAUGGGGAAAAUGGAGCUGCAGUGUGGAGAUGCAACAUGUUGAAUAUUUAUUGGGGAAAGAAUAAUAUGUGACUUGAACUGGGAAAUGUAAUAAAAUUUACUAAAAUCAUACAUAUGACAUGUGGUCCCUGAUUUAUUUAUUUUUAUACAUGAGGUGAAAUGUAAACAUCAGCAUAGUUUGGCUGUUACUUGAAGAACGGCCGUGUCUCUCACAUUUGGCAGUUUUUAUUUUCACGGGUUAUAUAUUUUUUAUCAUAAUUUCUGCUGAACGCUGAUGUUUCAUUUUUCAUAAACUAAUACUGUAGAUUUAUGUCUUUAGAUGCACUGUGUAGCUAGUGUGCAAUUGAUUAAGAAAUCAUUUAAAUCUAGUCCUUAACAUCUCUUAUACUAAUAUGGUAUAAAGAUAUUAUUGCCACUCAAUGAAAAUAUAAAACAAAACAGAUCAUUCAAGAUUUAUUCUGUUUUCACACAUUACAAUUAACCAAAUGAACAAGAUGGCUUUGAAAUUCUUUAACAUAAACUUGCUCGACAAUGAAUAACAUUUCACUAAACAAUAACCGCUAAAUAUCAUUUCUUUUUAAAUUAUUGCUGUGCCCUGAUUGGGCUGCUGAUGGUCUCACACAGCCGGUCUAUCGCCUGCCAGCAUUU